ACAACCCCACACAACCUCAACACCAUACGUGUCUACCAGCUUAGGGGACUGCCGAGGAUGGUUGCAAUAAUCCCUCAGAUGUUAGGCUCGGGGAAACGUUCACUCUCUUUUCCCGCUGCCGCGUAUGCCGUGUAUGCGGCUAUUGCGGUCGCUGUCAUCUUUCGUUUCUUCGCUGCGGCAUUCAAUCAGGAUCCAUAUCACUGUCGUUCACUGGUAACGAAAGGAGCAUACCUCGACCCAGUACAUGCAAAGUCAUGGCAGCCAAGUGGUUGCGUGCUUAAAUCAUACGCAGCAAAGCCCAAAGGACAAUCCAUCACAUCGGCAUCGGAAUGCCUCUGGGGAAAACGAGUGAUGUUUGUCGGAGACUCCACUGUGCGGGAAACCUUCUGGGCGUUUGUCAAAUUGGUUGAUCCUGCCAACAACGCGGAAGGGGGGUACAUUGCUGCGGACAAGAAGCACGAGGAUAUCAGCGUUUAUGCCGGUGAUGUGAAGAUGCAGUUCUUCUGGGACCCGUACCUCAAUGGUACUGGUCUGAAGGCAUUGGACUGGAAUGCCAAGCAGACUGAUGAGUACCGACGGUUUGCCCUUGCUGUUGUUGGCUCAGGACUAUGGUUUGCGAGAUACGGCAGUGACAACCAACAGACAUCCUACAUUCAAUGGAAAGAUGCCAUCGACAAUGCUGUCUCAAAGAUGGUCAUGGCUCAGGAAGCUUGGGGUCCGUUUGUGCCGGGCAAUGAUACCUUCGUUAUCCAGGGUGUGGAAUACCCCGACACGAACAGGCUUGACCUGUCGCGGAAGGCAAGUAUUACGACGCAGGAGCUCGAGGCUAUGAACAACUACCUGCACGAUCUCAGCCGGAAGCACCCGAAACUGAACAUCAUGUUUGCUGCGGAAGAAAUGUCCCGUAAUCGAGUAUCGCGCGGUAAGGACGGCUUGCACUCUACUGCUUCCGUAGCUACUGAGAAGGCCAAUAUACUGUUGAACCUUAGGUGCAACGCUGCCAGCACUCUCAGAAGGAAGUUUCCUUUCGAUGCAACUUGCUGUGCAACGUACAACAACGCAAACUUGGCACAGCUACUCAUGGUACUCGCCAUUGCAGUCGCAACACCUCUGCUCAUCGCAAACUACCACAGCAUCAACGAUUUUGCCUCUGCACGUGUUUAUAAGGCUUUGUUGGCUGUUGGUCUUGUAGUUUUGUACUGCUUUUACGCCGACCGCACUCACUACUUCGAGAAGAUCUCCAAGUACUACACGCAGACCUCUUUUCUCGGCCUCUCGUUCAUCGCAGCUGCUAUUGCUUUCGCAACGAUUACUGAGUCAUCCAAGGACCAGCCAUUCCUCGCCCGUGACCAAACGGAUGAAUGGAAGGGAUGGAUGCAGAUUGCGAUUUUGAUCUAUCACUACACCGGUGCCAGCAAGGUUGCUUGGAUCUACAACAUCAUCCGAGUAUUGGUUGCGUCGUAUCUCUUUCAAACUGGCUUCGGACAUUUCGUCUUUUUCUAUAAGAAGGGCGACUUCAGUCUGAAGAGGGCCGCGGCUGUGUUGUUGAGGCUGAAUAUUCUUCCAUGUGCUCUUGCGUACAUGAUGGACACGGAUUACCUCUUCUACUACUUCAGCCCGCUGGUUACGGUUUGGUUUGGGGUCCUCUGGUGUACGAUGAGGGUUGGAAGUCACUUAAACCACAACAACCUUUUCAUGGUAGGCAAGCUUCUGGCGUCAGCUGUGUUGUUCACGCUUAUCAUCAAAGUGCCGUUCUUUGUUGAGGGUCUUGGCAAGCUGUUCAAGGCAGUCGCCUUAUUGCACGGUGACGCGAAGGAGUUCAGAUUCCGUGUGGCCUUGGAUCUGUACACCCCGUGGGUGGGUGUGCUAGUUGGCUUUGCAUUCAUCAAGUCUUCCGAGCAAAAAUGGACGAGUCUUCCUUCUUGGCCGUGCAUUCGGAAGCUGGCAAUCGUCGCGUCUGCAGUCGUCAUCCCAGUGUUUGUGUGGUUCGAGGCGACCCGGGAGACCAAGUUUGUAUACAAUGCUUGGCACCCAUACGUCUCUUUCCUUCCUAUUCUGGCGUUCAUUGUGCUGAGAAAUGCCACCCAGAAACUUCGCAAUUCGCAUUCAACGGCUAUGGCAUGGAUCGGGAGGUGUUCCUUGGAAACGUUCAUCCUCCAAUUUCACAUCUGGCUGGCAGGUGACACCAAAACUCUCUUGAUUGUUACCCACCCGGACUGGUGGCUGUUGAAUUUUGUUAUUUCCACUGUUGUGUUCUUGGGUGCUUCCUACCUUGUCAGCCAGAAGACUGGUGCGCUGACGGAGUGGAUCAUGGGUGUGGAAAAGAAGCCGGUUGCAGCCCUGCCGACGGUGAGAGAUACUGCAACCGUACCAAACGAGGGCGAUCACAAGGGCAAGAGUCUUGCGCUUGUUGUGAAGACCGAAGGGGAGGCCAUUGGGCAAGGCGAGCCAGAUACUCCAGUCAGGCCCACCGCACCACGAGUAGGAACAUGGGGACAGUUUGGAAAGGAUUUGAGAAUCCGGCUUGCUGUAUUGGGUGCGGGAUUGUGGGUUGUCAACUUGGUUGCGUCUAUCUGA